AUGAUUUUCAGCCCAAAGGUUGGGUUUCAAUGGGCUGGUUCGGUGAUGGCGAUCAUAGGGGCGUUCGCACAAGUCCCUGGAUCGUUUGUCGAGGUGGGAGACACUAAGGUGUCCGCUAUGAUGAUGUUUUUGGGGAAUGAACAAAAGGUAUACAUCCUGGACAAAGUGGAAGGCAACCCGUCACAAAUCAAUGGACACCCAGCUUGGGGCUCAGAAUGGGAUAUAGCGUCAUCGACAGCCACCCUGAUGGACGUUCCGACAAACAGCUUUUGCGCAGCCGGUAUGCAUUUCCCUAACGGUUCAUGGGCUACCUUUGGGGGCAAUGCCGCUGUGGGACCAGGUGGGAAGAUCGGCAGCGUGCCCAAUCCGGGUGGCGCUGAUGCCUUGUAUGAUGCUACCUACCAAGAUUGGGACGGUCGCCGGGCCAUUAGGGUACUGAACCCCUGCCCCAGUGGGUCGGCAGGCACCGCACAAUGUCAGUGGUUUGACAAUACUACAUAUGUCGGGAUGCAAAAGGCCCGCUGGUACGCAUCAACAGAAGCACUGGCUGACGGAUCUAUUGUGAUUGUUGGCGGUUAUGUGAACGGAGGAUACAUUAAUAGAAAUACACCAAACAUCGACCCAGCCUAUUCUGAAGGUGCUGCGGAACCUACUUUUGAAUUUUGGCCUAGCAGAGGAACCCCUGCGGCUGUCAUGCAAUUUAUGAUCACAACGAGCGGUUUGAAUUCUUAUGCACACCUAUAUCUAAUGCCUAGUGGCAAAAUGUUCGCUCAAGCCAAUUUCUCCACGAUCUUGUGGGACUACAACAACAACAUUGAAACACCCCUGCCCGACAUGCCAGGUCGCGUUAUUCGCGUAUACCCCGCGUCAGGUGCCGUGGCGAUGCUACCUCUUACACCUGGGAACAACUACACCCCCACCAUCCUGUUCUGUGGCGGCUCGGACAUGCCCGAGUCUGCCUGGGGGAACUAUAGCUGGCCCGCGAUCAACACUUGGAACUAUCCUGCUUCUCGAGACUGCCAGCGUAUCACGCCCGAACCGAUGGAUGGAAGCCAACCAGUGUACAUUCAAGACGAUGAAAUGCUUGAAGGCCGGACCAUGGGUCAAUUUAUCACUCUUCCUGAUUCGACGCUUCUUGUGCUGAAUGGCGCGUUGAACGGAACAGCUGGGUACGCGACGCAAACAGGAGAGACACCGACGUAUGGGGAAAUGCCGUUUGGAAUGAGCUUGUCAUCGGGACCAGUCUUGACGCCUGCGAUAUACGAUCCCAAUGCCCCGCCUGGUCAACGAUGGAAUCGGUUUGGAGAACCAAGCGCGAUUCCUAGGCUAUACCACUCAAGCGCGCUCUUGCUCCCAGACGGCUCGGUCCUCGUAGCAGGAAGCAACCCCAACGUCGACGUAAAUUUUACAACUGCGUUCCCGACUACGUACGCAGCCGAACGUUUCUACCCUCCGUACUUUGCCAACAUUGCGAAUCGCCCUGUGCCAGAAGGUCUUCCCGAUACGUUAUCCUAUGGGGGAGCAGCGUUUCAGAUAUACCUCCCUGUGGGUACGUACGUAGGAGAUCCAAACGAGGCAGCUGGAUCAGCACGGGUAGUUCUUGUUCGUCCGGGAUUCUCGACCCACGCGAUGAAUAUGGGCCAACGACUGCUCCAGCUGAAUUCGUCAUUUGAAGUGUCCGACCAAGGAAACAUCCUACUCCACGUUGCACAGGUUCCACCGAACCCGAAUUUGCUCACUCCGGGGCCGGUGUUGAUGUUUGUUGUCGUCGGCGGUGUCCCGAGUGUCGGAAAGAUGGUGACGGUCGGAACAGGAAAUUUCGGGACGCAGCCGGUUCAAGAUGCGUCGUUCCUCCCUCCGUCUCGUCCCAGACCAAGUGUGGCAGCAAACCCGGCAGCGGCCAACGCCAACUCCGACUCGGACCGCACGUCCCGCGAAUCUCGGACAAGGACCGUGGCUAUUGCUGUGUCAGUAGGAGGCGGUAUCCUGUUGGCUGCUCUGGUCGCCUUGAUAUACCUAAUAAGGAAACGAAGACAGGACAAGGUCGAAACGUCCGAGUCGACUCAAGAUUUAGGGGCACCUGCUACACUGGCGUCUCAACCUCCAUCGAUGGCAUCGCUCUGGCGACCUGAGCAUGACUCACGAUCGGGAGGAGUCUGGACGCCGUCUGUGAACAGCUCCAAUCCGCAAUUUGCACCACGGGCACAUCCGUAUCCGCAUCCGUAUCCGUACGAGUCAGAGUCGAGCCCUAGCUUGGGAGGUCCGGUUGUGUCCCCUGCUCGUGUUUAUUCGGGACGUGGGUCCGUUCAGCGCUGA